AUGAUUGAAGUUCUGCUUGCAACAGUCUUUGGCUCUGUUUUGCUACCUUUGUCAGUUCUCGCUAUCAUAAAACUUAAUCCUUCCUUGCGGAAGCAGCCACCUUCAACAAAGGUGGCUCCCUCUGUGAGCACUAACCUCCCAUCUCACUUGGGUCACAGUCUUGUCAAGGCAGCUUUGAAUGUCGGUGAUUUAAGGCGUGCCCAACAACUGUUUGAUAAUAUUCCUCAACCAGACCCCACCACUUGUUAUACAUUAAUUUCAGCUCUCACUACUUAUGGAUUUCCACAUGAGGCUUUAAGGCUCUAUGCUUCGCUUCGGGAACGUAAGAUCAAACCCCAGAACUCUGUGUUUCUGGCUGUUGCCAAGGCCUCUGGUGCCUCUGGUGAUCUCUUGAGAGUCAAGGAGAUUCAUGAUGAUUCCAUUCGAUGUGGGAUGAUUUCUGAUGUUUUCUUAGGAAAUGCAUUGAUUCAUGCCUAUGGGAAGUGUAGAUGCACUGAAGGUGCAAGACGGGUUUUUGAUGAUUUGGUUGUGAAAGAUGUGGUUUCUUGGACCUCCAUGUCUUCAUGCUAUGUCAAUUGUGGAUUGCCCAGACAAGGCCUAGCUGUUUUUCGCGAGAUGGGACGGAAUGGGGUGAAGCCUAAUUCAGUGACAGUGUCUAGCAUUUUGCCUGCGUGCUCGGAAUUGAAAGAUCUGAAGUCUGGAAGGGCUAUUCAUGGAUAUGCAAUGAGACAUGGGAUGAUGGAAAAUGUGUAUGUCUGCAGUGCUCUUGUGAGCAUGUAUGCUAGAUGUUUGAGUGUUAAACCGGCUAGACUAGUUUUUGAUUUGAUGCCUCAUCGAGAUGUUGUGUCUUGGAAUGGACUUUUAUCGGCAUACUUCACAAACAAAGAAUAUGAGAAGGGUCUUGCCCUGUUUUCCCAAAUGAGGAGCAAAGGAGUCAAAGCAGAUGAAGCUACAUGGAAUGCUGUUAUUGGGGGUUGCAUGGAAAACGGGAAAAUAGAGGAGGCAGUGGAGAUGCUUAGGAAGAUGCAAAACAUGGGAUUUAAACCUAAUCAAAUUACAAUUAGUAGUUUUUUACCGGCUUGCUCUUUUUUAGAAAGCUUGAGGAUGGGCAGGGAGGUACAUUGCUAUGUCGUUAGGCAUUGGUUAAUUUGGGACUUGACAACCAUGACUGCGGUGGUAUACAUGUAUGCUAAAUGUGGUGACUUGAAUCUUUCAAGGAAUGUGUUUGAUAUGAUGCACAGAAAAGAUGUUGUUGCUUGGAACACGAUGAUAAUUGCUAAUACAAUGCAUGGAAAUGGAAAAGAAGUACUUAUGCUGUUCGAGAGCAUGCUUCAGUCAGGGAUGAAGCCCAAUUCUGUUACUUUUACUGGUGUUCUGUCUGGUUGUAGCCACUCAAGGUUGGUAGAGGAAGGACUCCAGAUCUUUAAUUCAAUGGGUAGGGAUCAUCAAGUCGAACCUGAUGCUAAU